AUGUCUCCUGAUACGAAUAAUAAUGUAGGAAAUAAAGAAAAUGAUGAAGAAGAAGAAGAAGAUGAUGAUGAACCAGUAUUUAAAUUUUCUACAAUAGCAAUCGCAUCUGGACUUCGAAAAACUAAUGAUGAUGAUAAAAAUAUAUCAGCUGAAUUUAGUUGUAUUGCUGUACAUGAAAAAUUUCUUGUUAUUGGAAAACCAACAGGUGAAAUCUUAAUUACAGAUCAUCUUGGAAAUAUUAUACCACAAUAUCAAAUUAAAGCGCAUACCUAUCCAGUAAAUGCAAUAUCAAUUGAUGAUAGUGGAGAGUUUAUUGGUAGUUGUUGUCAAGAAGGAAAAGUUAAAAUAUCUGGUUUAUUGAGUAAAAAUGAUGAUCAAUUAAUCACAUUUAGUCGUCCAAUUAGAGCUGUUUGUCUUGAUCCAAAUUUUUCUAAAACAAAAAUGUUUGUCACAGGUGAUACAUCUCUUAUCUUAAAUGAACGAGGUACUUUUAGUCGACAUAAAACAACAAUAUUAUUUGAAUUAAAUGGUGGUCUUAUUCAUACACUUCGUUGGAAAGAAACAUUAAUUGCAUUUGCUAAUGAUAAAGGUGUUGGUGUUUAUGAUUUACGUGCACGACGAUUAGUUGGAUUUGAAGAAACUGAUGGUCAAAAAGAUCUUCCACGUGGUGUUUAUCCAAGUCGAAUAUCAUGGAAUGAUCCAACAACAUUAGCUAUUGCAUGUGCAAAAACUAUUAAAAUACUAUCGAUUGCAACUGAAACCAAUCAUGAACAUCAAUCAUCUGCACCUAAAAAACAUAUGAAUACAGCUACGGCAUUCAAAAUUGAAUUUUUUGCAUGUGGCUUAACAUCUGUCAAUCGUGAUUUGGUUAUAUUUGGUAUUGAAGAUUUUAGUAUUUCUAAUGGUACAUCUGAACCAUCAUUAACUGUAUUAAUAUCAAAAGGUAAAACAUAUGAAGAAAAAGCUCAUGAUCCAUUUCGUAUGUAUUGUGAUGACAGAACGUCACCAUUUCAAUUUCAACUUGAAUAUUUACAAGAUGAACAUUGUUUUUUUAUUCUAAGUCCAUAUGAUAUUGUUAAAGCUGAACGUCGUGAUUAUGAUGAUCAUAUUGAAUAUUUAAUUAAUAAAAAAAAAUUUGAUGAAGCAAUAGAAGCUUUUGAAAAACGUCCAAAUGCUAAUGAAAGACCAAAACGAUAUACUCAACAAAGUGUAUAUCGAGCAUAUGUCAAAUCUUUAAUGGAUACUAAUGAAACAGAAAAAGCUGUUAAAUUAUUUCCUUCUGUUUAUACAACACCACAAGAAUGGACUGAACAAAUUCUUACAUUUAUUCAACGAAAUGAACUUGAUAUCAUAACACCUUAUAUUCCAACAAGUACACUUAAACUUGAUGCAAUAAUUUAUGAAAAAGUACUUCAAACAUAUUUAAUGCAGAAAAAAUAUGAAAAAUUAAAAGAUUUAUUAAUGAAAUGGCCAUCAGAUAUUUAUAAUUUAACUUCGAUUGAUCAAUUAAUUCGUUUACAAAUGGAUGAUGAACAUCCAGCUAAAGCAUUACUCGAAUGUUCAGCAAUUAUAGCGGAAAAACAAGGAAAUGUAACGAAAACAUUAGAUAUUUAUUUAAAAAUGGGCAAUAUUCAAAUAUUUCAAUUGAUUGAACGAAAAAAACUUCAUGGAGAAAUUCUUCCACAUAUUGAAACACUCAUGUCAAUUAAUAAAAAUGUAACACUUGAUAUGUUAAUUAAUCAUAUGGAUAAAUUACCUGUUCGAUCAGUUCAUAAUGUUCUACAAAAAAAUCCUCGACAUCUUCAUGCUUAUCUUGAUGCUGUAUUUUCAAAAAAUGCUAAUGAUUCUCGUGAUUUUCAUACACUUCAAGUAUCACUUUAUGCUGAUUAUGAACCUAAUAAAUUAAUGGGAUUUUUACGUAAAGCUGGAAAUUAUAAUUUACAAGAAGCAUUAGCUAUUUGUGAUAAAAAACAAUUAUAUCGUGAAACUGUUUUUCUUUAUGGACGAGCGGGUAAUGGACGUGUUGCAUUACAAAUAAUUCUUGAAAAAUUAAAUGAUAUUGAAGAAGCUAUUAAAUUUUGUCGUGAAACAGGUGAUCAAACAUUAUGGGCAACAUUAAUUGAACAAUCUGUUGAUAAACCAGAUUUUAUAAGAAGUUUAUUAAAUCAUGCUGGUAGUGAUAUUAAUUUACAACAAUUAAUUAAUACAAUUAGAAGUGAUUUACGAAUACCUGGUUUACGUGAUUCAUUAUGUAAAAUAAUGCAAGAUUAUAAUAUUCAGAUGUCUCUAUCAGAAUGUUGUCGAAAGAUAAUUGUUCAUGAUUGUUUGGCAUUACGAAAAAAGACAGUAACAUUACUUCAAAGUGGUUAUUUAGUCAAAGAUACUGAUUUUUGUGCUAAAUGUCAUAAUCCUGUAUACAGUCCUGGUAUUCAUACUAAUCCUCCAAUUUCAGUCUUCUUUUGUUUACAUAUUUUUCAUGCAAAAUGUAUUGAAACAAAUCCAGAUGUAUGUGGAGUAUGUUCAACAAGUUCUCUAUUUGGUCCAACUUAA